CGGAGCACGGGGGGGGGGGGAUGUUAACCGGAGGCUGUAAUUAAUUCACUCCCGAAAUAAUAAUUAGUUUCGCUGCGGUUGGAUAACGCGCGUAAAAGUCACUUUACGCGCCGUGCGUAUGGAAAACGAUUCCUGGGUGCGACGAAUCCAGACGCAAGGAGAGGCUCACCUCAAAGAGCACCAGUGAGCACUGAGAUUGCGCGGUACAAGUUUCGUCCGCGGCGAGUGAAGACUGCGCUCCGGCCCCCUGUGGACUAAUGAUGGCUCUGGUGGUUCACCUGAAGACGGUCGCUCACCUUCGGGGGAAGGGGGACAGGAUCGCCAAAGUUACGUUCAGAGGUCUGUCCUUCCUCAGCCGUGUGGCAGAGAACUGUGAUGAGGUGGCCCACUUUAAUGAGACAUUCCGAUGGCCCAUUGCCAGCAGGCUGGACGGAAACGAGAUGCUGGAGAUCCAAGUGUACAACUACAGCAAAGUCUUCUCCAACAGACUGGUGGGGACUUUCUGUAUGGUGCUUCAGAAGGUGGCAGAAGAGGGACACCUAGAGUUGACCGAAACACUACUUGAUGAUAACAACGCGUCAAUAAAGACCAGUGUUACCAUAGAGAUCAGAUACCAGGCGAUGGAUGGCACAGUGGGAGUGUGGAGCGACGGGGAGUUCCUGGAUGUGCCCGACGACCGUGAUGGGAUGUUUACAUUCGAAACUGACAGCUUGCUCUCUGGACGUAGCCAUGGGUCAGCGACGUCCCCUGGACGGACCUUACAGGGAUCCAUACCGACCUUCAGAAAAGCAGGGAAGGGAGUUUUCUCCGCCAUGAAGCUCGGCAAGAUGAAGAGCUCUAAAGACGAUCACAAGAGAGCAGAUGAGCCAGCAGUCCUGGACAUGGAGGACCUGGACAGGAAGGCGAUGCGUCUGGCUGGAACAUUUGACCCAGACACCAUCUCUCUGGCCUCCGUCACCGCCGUCACCACCAACGUGUCAAAUAAAAGGUCAAAGCCAGAUAUCAAGAUGGAACCGAGCUCUGGACGACCAGUGGAUUAUCAGAUCAGCAUCACAGUGAUCGAGGCCCGGCAGCUGAUCGGCCUCAACAUGGACCCUGUGGUGUGUGUGGAGAUCGGAGACGAUAAGAAAUACACAUCCAUGAAGGAGUCCACCAACUGCCCGUACUACAACGACUAUUUCGUCUUUGACUUCCACGUCCCUCCUGAUGUCAUGUUUGACAAGAUCAUCAAGCUUUCAGUCAUUCACUCUAAAAACCUUCUUCGGAGUGGGACCUUGGUGGGAACCUUCAAAAUGGACGUUGGGACUGUUUAUUCUCAGCCUGAACACCAGUUCUACCACAAGUGGGCCAGCCUGUCCGACCCUGAUGACAUCACGGCUGGAUGCAAAGGAUAUAUAAAGUGUGACAUUGCUGUGGUGGGAAAGGGUGACAACAUCAAGACCCCGCACAAGGCCAACGAGACAGAUGAAGACGACCUGGAGGGGAACCUCCUGCUCCCAGAGGGCAUCCCAGCAGAGAGGCAGUGGGCCAGGUUUUAUGUGAAGAUCUACCGCGCUGAGGGACUUCCUAAAAUGAACACCAGCAUCAUGGCUAAUGUGAAAAAGGCCUUCAUAGGCGAGAACAGAGACCUGGUGGACCCCUACGUUCAAGUGCAGUUUGCUGGGCAGAAAGGGAAGACUUCAGUCCAGAAGAGCAGCUAUGAACCGAUCUGGAACGAGCAGGUCAUCUUCACUGAGCUCUUCCCUCCGCUCUGCAAGCGCCUGAAGGUCCAGAUACGGGACUCGGAUAAGGUCAACGAUGUUGCCAUAGGAACCCACUUUAUUGACCUGCGCAAGAUAUCGAAUGAUGGCGAUAAAGGGUUCCUGCCCACUAUGGGCCCAGCCUGGGUCAACAUGUAUGGCUCCACUCGUCAGUACACGUUGAUGGACGAGCACCAGGACUUGAAUGAUGGACUCGGAGAGGGCGUGUCCUUCAGAGCCCGCCUUCUGCUCUCCGUCGCUGUGGAGAUCCUGGACACCACUUCGCCCGAGAUCAUCAGCUCCACUGACGUUCAGGUCGAGUGUGUUUCCAACAUCUCCGAGAGCGCCACAGGAAAAAUAGAAGAGUUCUUCCUCUUUGGCUCCUUCCUGGAGGCCACCAUGAUCGACAGGAAGAUUGGAGACAAACCGAUAAGUUUUGAAAUCACACUAGGUAACUACGGAAACCAGAUAGAUGGUGUCAGCAAGCCCUCGUCGGCGAAGAAGAAGAAGAAAGAUGCGGAGAACGAAGAGGAGGAGAGCGAGCUCAUCCAGAACUCCAGUGAGGACGAGGCGGAUGAGGACAGGGACCUGGUCUCAGUCUCCUCCACUCCGGUCAUGAAGCCUGUCAUCACCGACAGAAAUUACUUCCAUCUUCCCUACUUUGCAAAGAAGCCAUGUGUCUACAUCAAGAGCUGGUGGCAGGACCAAAGACGACGACUCUACAACUCCAACAUGAUGGAUAAGAUCGCUGACAAGCUGGAGGAGGGUUUGAAUGAUGUCCAGGAGGUCAUUAAGACAGAGAAAGCCUUUCCCGAGCGCCGACUACGGGGAGUGCUGGAGGAGCUCAGCGUUGGCUGCAGUCGUUUUGUGACUCUGGCUAACAAGGAUGUGAACCUGGCAGGCAGAACCAAACUGGACCGAGAACGACUCAAGUCCUGCAUGAGAGAGAUGGACAGCAUGGCCCAGCAGGCCAAACAGAUCCGGACUCAGGUGAAGAAGAACACAGUCAGAGACAAACUCAAGAUGGCACAGAACUUCCUGCAGAAGCUUCGUUUUCUUGCUGAUGAGCCUCAGCACAGCAUUCCAGACAUUUUCAUCUGGAUGAUGAGCAACACCAAGCGCAUCGCCUAUGCCCGGAUUCCCUCCAAAGACAUCCUGUACUCCAUAGUGGAUGAGGAAUCGGGUAAAGACUGUGGUAAAGUCAAAGCCGUCUUCCUCAAGCUGCCCGGUAAGAAGGGCUUCGGUCAUGCAGGCUGGACCGUUCAAGCUAAGCUGGAGCUGUAUCUGUGGCUGGGCCUCAACAAGCAGAGAAAGGACUUCCUCAGCGGUCUACCCAAUGGCUUUGAAGAGAUUAAAGCUGAUAAAAUGGGCCCUGGUCUCAACUCUGUCCCCCCUGUCAGCCUCGUCUACAACAUGAAGCAGGUGUUUCAGCUGCGAGCACACAUGUACCAGGCCCGCAGUCUGUUUGCCGCUGACAGCAGUGGCCUUUCAGAUCCCUUCGCUCGGGUCUUCUUCUCCACACACAGCCAGGUUACUGAGGUCCUGAGUGAGACCCUUUGUCCUACGUGGGACCAGCUGCUGGUGUUUGACGAUGUGGAGCUGUUCGGAGAGGCCAGUGAGCUGAGAGACGACCCACCGAUCAUCGUCGUCGAACUCUAUGACCAGGACACUGUGGGCAAGGCAGAGUUCAUUGGCAGGACAUUUGCGAAGCCCACCAUCAAGAUGUGCGAAGAGCACUACGGCCCGCCGAGGUUCCCACCGCAGCUGGAGUACUACCAGAUCUACAGAGGGAACUGCACCGCCGGGGAACUGCUGGCUGCCUUUGAACUGCUGCAGAUCGGUCAAGGAGGCAGAGCUGACCUUCCUCCCCUCGAGGGGCCAACCGACUCUGAGCACGGGCCCAUUUUACCCGUGCCGCUGGGGAUCCGGCCCGUCUUGAGCCGCUAUCGCAUUGAGGUUUUGUUCUGGGGGUUAAGGGACCUGAAGAGGAUUAACUUGGCUCAGGUGGAUCGACCCCGUGUCGACAUAGAGUGUGCAGGCAGAGGUGUUCAAUCUGCCCUCAUCCAAAACUACAAGAAAAACCCCAACUUCAGCACGCUGGUCAAAUGGUUCGAGGUGGACCUUCCGGAAAAUGAGCUUCUGCAUCCCCCUCUCAACAUCCGGGUGGUGGACUGCAGAGCGUUUGGCCGCUACAUCCUGGUGGGCUCCCACGCUGUCACCAGCCUGAGACGAUUCAUCUACAGCGCCCCAGACAAGACAUCCAACAACUGGGCCACUGCAGCUAAGCUAAUGAAUGGCUACAUGGUCCUCACAAAUGGCGGCUCCCAGCCCCGCUCCUCACCCAGCCUUUCCCCCCGCACCUUCUCUCGCCCCGCAGGUGACCUCAUCGUCAACAUGGACUCAGAGCCUCUGGUCCGAAAGAUGGACACAGUUGUCAAGUUGGACGCUAUGUCUGAUGCUGUUGUAAAAGUUGACAUGAACGAGGAGGAGAGCGAUAAAGAGAAAAAGAAGAAGAAGAAGAAAAAGAAGGGAGGAGUCGAGGAAGAAGACGAGACGGACGAGAGCGUGCUGGACUGGUGGUCCAAAUAUUUUGCCUCAAUUGAGACACUAAAAGAGACCCUCAGAGCCCAGGAGGCAGCUCAGGCAGAGGCGGAAGAGAGAGAGGACAUGGAGAUAGCAGCAGAGGCGGCAGACAUCAAACCCGAUGACCUUCUUCUGAAAGGCUCCAAGACGAAAGAAAGGGGCAAAGACAAGAAGAGCUCCAAGGACAAGAAGAAGAGUCAUGCUUCGGACGGGAUGGAGAAACGGCCGGUUAAAGCGAGAGUGGACGAGCUGUUGGUGUACAACAAGGAGUUGGAGAGUGAGUAUGCCAACUUUGAAGACUGGCUUCACACUUUCAACUUGUACAGAGGUAAAGCAGGAGACGAUGACGAACACGCGCUGGACGACGACCGGAUUGUUGGUAGAUUCAAGGGAUCCCUGUGUAUGUACAAGCUCCCUCUGUCUGAGGAGAUCACCAGAGAGGCGGGAUUUGAUCCUAAUAUGGGCAUGUUCCAGAGCAUUCCCCAUAACGAUCCAAUCAACGUCCUUGUCCGUGUAUAUGUGGUCAGGGCUACUGAUCUUCAUCCCGCUGAUAUCAAUGGGAAGGCUGAUCCAUAUGUUGUCAUCAAACUGGGCAAGUCGGAGGUCAAAGACAAAGAGAACUACAUCUCCAAACAGCUCAAUCCUGUAUUUGGCAAAUCAUUUGACAUUGAGGCCACUUUCCCCAUGGAGUCGAUGCUCACAGUGUCUGUGUACGACUGGGACUUGGUUGGCACCGACGACCUGAUCGGGGAGACAAAAAUUGACCUGGAGAAUCGAUUCUACAGCAAAUACAGAGCCACCUGUGGCAUUUCAUCCAACUACUCUGUCCAUGGAUACAACGUGUGGCGGGACCCGCUGAAGCCCAGCCAGAUCCUGACUAAGCUCUGCAAGGACGGCAAGAUCGAUGGACCUCACUACGGACCUGGAGGCAAAGUCAAGGUGGCGAGUCGAAUCUUCCUGGGACCAACAGAGAUAGAAGACGAGAAUGGUUUGAAGAAGCAGACUGAGGAGCACCUGUCUCUGAAUGUGCUCAACCACUGGGAGGAGAUCCCAAGAGUCGGCUGCAAGCUUGUCCCCGAGCACGUGGAGACCAGACCCCUGCUGAACGUCGACAAGCCCGGCAUCGAACAGGGCCGUAUUGAGAUGUGGGUCGAUAUGUUUCCGAUGGACAUGCCCGCCCCCGGACCUGCGAUUGACAUAUCACCACGGAAACCAAAGAGAUAUGAGCUCAGGGUGAUUAUUUGGAAUACAGACGAAGUAAUACUGGAGGACGAUGAUUACUUCACUGGGGAAAAGUCCAGUGACAUAUUUGUGAGGGGGUGGCUGAAAGGGCAGCAGGAGGACAAGCAGGACACGGACGUGCACUAUCACUCGCUGACCGGCGAGGGCAACUUCAACUGGCGCUUCGUCUACCCCUUCGAUUACCUCAUGGCCGAGGAGAAAAUCGUCAUCUCUAAGAAAGAGUCCAUGUUCUCCUGGGACGAGACCGAGUACAAGAUCCCCCCUCGCCUCACGCUGCAGGUGUGGGACGCUGACCACUUCUCGGCCGACGACUUCCUGGGUGCGAUUGAGCUGGACCUGAACCGGUUCCCCCGCGGCGCCAAGACGGCCAAGCAGUGCUCCCUCAACAUGAUCCGAAAUGAGCACGAGCUUCCCACCAUUUCCAUCUUCAAACAGAAGCGAGUGAAAGGCUGGUGGCCGUUUGUCGCCCGCGAUGAGAACGAUGAGAUGGAGCUCACAGGCAAAGUUGAGGCCGAGCUUCACCUGGUGACUGCAGAAGAAGCGGAGAAAAGUCCCGUAGGCCUGGGACGGAACGAGCCGGACCCGCUGGAGAAACCAAACCGCCCAGACACCACCUUCCUGUGGUUCCUGAGCCCGCUGAAAGCCAUCCGCUACCUGGUGUGCAACCGCUACAAGUGGCUGAUCAUCAAGAUCGUGCUGGCCCUGCUGCUGCUCAUCAUGCUGGGCCUCUUCCUCUACAGCAUGCCGGGCUACCUCGUCAAGAAACUGCUGGGGGCCUGAAAAAAGGGCUGCUGGGGAGGACAGUGGGGGUGCGGAGGGGGCGGCGGGUGGCCAGCUGCAUCCAUUCUGGUCUUCCUGUGCAGCUCGCCACCUUCCACCUCGGUUGUUAAGAGAGAGGUGGACACCACCCCCACACCGAGUCGUGAGAAACACUAACACUCUCAUCCUCUCGCCUAACCGAUAUAAAGCUCAGUAUCUAGACUCCGUCCUUGAACUGAAAAAAUUUAACCCCAACCUGACCUAAAAAAAAGUCCUGUUUCCAAGCAACGUCGCGUGACAAUGAAUGUUUUCUUUAUCCGUUUAUACAGCUUUUUAAUUUAUCUAUUUAUUUCUUUAUUUCUUCACUGAAUAAGAGAGUUAUUAGGGUUCGUGGUCAGACGUUUGCAUGGACAAAUGUUUCUUUGGUAACACUUUGCUUUGUAACACCCUGUAUUUAGCCUUUAUAAGAAUUAUAUGAACCUUCAAUAAAGCGGUUACUGUUUAACACAUCUUUAAUGUAGUUUUAAGCAUGUAAGGGUUUUAUAAGUGUUUAAAAAAAAUGUACAGAUUUUGUCCACUUUCCCUGUAAAGACAUAUUUUUACCUGUUUUACUAUGUUGUCAUUCAUGAUCUCUUUAAACACCAACGCCCACGCGUUCAUAAUCUGCUUGUAAAUGAUAAAUAUCGGUGCUUGAAGCAAAGUGUUACUACUUUUUUUUAAACUAUUAUAGCUCUUGCAGUCUUUGCACACUUCGAGAAUAAUAAUGAAGAAAUAAAAAAUAAAGAUAUUAAUCUAUUUUCCUAUCAAAAUUCAAUGAGACAAAGAACAAGAUGACUUCAAAAUUAUACAAAUAAUAAAAUGAUGAAUAAGCUUUCCAUGUCGUUGAGUUGAACUGUAAUGCAAUCAGAGCAACCAGGCUAGACUUUGGUCAAAAAACACAGUUCAGCCUAUUCUCCCAAAAUGCCCUUUGCUUGGCCGGUCUUUUGUGUAAUUGUGUAAAUUCUCUCUCCUGUGUCACAACAAUAAAAUCCUCACAGGAGCCUCAUAGCGAAUAUUUAUUUGCAAAUAUCAAUUGACAGAUUUAACAGUCCUCAAGUGCAACAAACACUUAGAGGUUAUUUCUGUUUUCUACCUCGAUGUAGAAUCACACCGUUCGUCCACAUGCAUGCGUCAUUGUGAUAACUGACCAGAGGUCGCGUGUGUUUGGCAUGACUCGUCUUUCCAGCCCGACAAACCAAAUCACCAACUUCUACUGUCCAUAAAUAACAGAUAAUGUAAAGAUGGAAAUAUGAUCAAAGUGAUCCUGGAAAACCCCGGAUCCGUCCACAUAUAAAAACAUCAUUGUUUGCAGUGUCCAUUAUUCCAUUUUCCAAAAUUUUUGCCUGUGCUUGACCUCAUUUGUGUUUCUUUUCUGAUUUACGGAGUUACCGGUUGCACUAAACCUUGCCUGUGUUUUUACGAUGAAUUUUUGUGUUUCAUACGGUAAAUCUGUUGAAAUGUGUGCUUUAGUUAUUUAUUUAUUUCCUGUCAUGACUAUUUGAAAUAAACUGGAAUUCCAAGGA